CUCUGGAUUUUGAACGUCAGAGAACUGAAGUUUCGUUUCUGUCUUCCUCUGUCAGCCAUGGCGUCUGCUGAUCUGAGAGCUGAGCUGGACUGCUCUAUCUGUCUGGACACCUAUACAGAUCCUGUAAUGCUGAGAUGUGGACACAACUUCUGCCGGGUCUGUAUUGAUCGUGUGCUAGAUACACAGGACGAGUCUGGGGUUUAUACCUGUCCUGAAUGCAGAGAAGAGUUUCAGGAGCGGCCUGCACUGAUGAGGAACUUAGCUCUGCGCAACAUUAUGGAAAAUUUCCUGUUUACUCAACCAAAAGAGAUGGAAACCGGGAUCUGCUGCACUUACUGUGUGGACUAUCCUGUACCUCCUGUUAAAUUCUGUCUACACUGUGAGGCUUCUCUGUGUGAGAAACACCUGAGAGUUCACAGCAAGUCAUCAGAACACGUCUUAUCUGACCCCAGCACUUCCCUGGAGAAUAGGAAAUGUUCUGUCCAUAAGAAGAUCCUGGAGUAUUACUGCACCGAGGACUCUGCUUGUAUCUGUGUGUCCUGCAGUUUGGUUGGAGAACAUAAGGGACACCAGGUGGAGAUGCUGAAUGAGGCCUCUGAGAAGAAGAAAGGGAAACUCAGAAAUAUUUUCCAGAAACUGACUACAAAGCGAGUGGAGACUGAGGAAAGAGUCCAGAAUCUGGAGGAACACUGGAGAAAAGCUCAAGAAAAAGCAUCUAAAGAAGCAGAGAGAAUCACUGUCCUGUUUACAGACAUCAGGAGACAACUGGACGACCUGGAGAAGAGGGUCCUGAGUGAGAUCUCCAGGCAGGAAAUGGAAGAAUCACUCUCAUUCUCUUCUCUGAUCCAGAAGCUGGAAAUAAAGAAGGACGAGCUGUCCAGGAAGAUGAGACACAUUGAGGAGCUGUGUAACAUGACUGAUCCACUGACUGUCUUACAGGAACCAGAUACAGGUGACUUGUGUGAUCCUGAGGAGGAGGGAGGGCCAGAAGUUAUAACUCAAGUUUAAGAAAGAGAUCUCAAUGUACAGCAGAUUGUAGAACAAGGCAGGAGUUUCUAUU